AUGAACUCGAAUCCUACAGAAAUCUCAAGCCGCAUCGCUUGUCGCGCGGACAAACAAGGAGCGCGUACUUCAGUGGCGAAUCAGGUUGGAGACGAAAAAUGGGCCACUGGUUCUAAAACAUCAACUACUACAACUAAAACAAAGCUACUUAAAGCUAAGGAAAACAUUCUUCAACACCCCCUAGACAGUGAUAUUGAAGACUUCUAUGGUGGACUGACUGAUCUUUUCAAGAGAAUACCAAGACUGGACAAUAUUCCAGCAGAAGUAUGGAAAAGCCAAGCGCUUAUGGAAGAACUUCUUGUUGCUUGCAACAAAGCUUACAAUGGAGAUGUGCCAUCUAUCUGGACUAAAAGCUGCAUCGUCCCCAUACCAAAAAAGGGAGACCUCAGUAUCACCAGCAACUACAGAGGAAUUUGUUUAACAUGUGUAUUGCAAGGUGAUACAUUAGCACCAUUUCUGUUUAUAAUUUGUCUUGACUAUGCCAUGAGAACAACAAUAGAUGACAACACUCAGCUUGGUUUUACACUCCAUCAAAGAAAGAGCAGAAGACAACCAGCUGUUAAAAUAACCGACAUGGAUUUUGCAGAUGACAUAGCCCUUCUUUCUGAUGCCAGUGAUGAUGCCGCCACACUUCUCCAUAAGGUUGAAGAAGCAGCACAAGAAAUCGGCCUCUAUAUUAACGAAUCAAAAACUGAAUACAUUUGUUUUGGAGAAACAGGCCAAAUUGUAGCAAAAAAUGGCAUAAAUAUCAAAAGAGUAAAUAAUUUUCAAUAUCUUGGAUCUUGGCUGAAUACCACAAAACAUGAUGUAGAAAUCCGCAUUGCAUUGGCUUGGGCAGCUCAUAGUAAAAUGAAGACGAUCUGGCGAUCCAAUCUCAGUAGAAGUGUUAAGAUAAACUUUUUCAGAGCUGCGGUUGAAAGCAUAUUACUCUAUGGAUCAGAAAGCUGGACAUUGACAUCUCAACUAACCAAAGAACUGGAUGGGGCAUAUACUCGACUCCUAAGAGCUACUCUCAACAUCAGCUGGAAUGAACAUUGUACCAACAAAGAUCUGUACAAAGACAUCCCUAUGAUCACGAAAACCAUUAAGUCCAGGCGCCUUCGUUUUGCGGGUCACUGCUGGAGAAGCAAUGAACUUGUCCAUGAUCUCCUCUUCUGGGAACCAUCACAAGGGAAGAUAAAACGCGGGAGACCUGCAAAAACCUACAUCAAACAGCUCGCAGAAGACACUGGACUAUCUCACAAUGAAAUGCAGAACGCUAUGAGAGAUCGUCAGACGUGGAGGAGGUUCGUCAUGGGGGGCCGGGCAUCUCCCGGCUGA